GAAGUUCAGCGGCCCUGACCAUGUGGAUCCGGUAGCCAAGGCGAGGACAUCAUAAUGUAUCCUCUCAUCAUUGGUAAGGAUGACAUCGCCACCUUUUCCUGGAGCAACCUCGUCGAUUGCAGUCACAGUACCAACGACAAGUAACCACCAUACGAGCGGAAGCAAUGAGGUGGAUAAAAGACCGUCGUGCUGUGACCAAGAUAAGGUUGUACUUGGCCGGGUCGAGUUUGGCGGACAAGGCUCUAGUGAGAAUGAAACCAGCCCAGCCGCCACCGACUAUAACAAUGUCCUUGCGAUCAUCGUUUCUCCUGGACAUGACGAGGGAAUAAGACUGUAGAAAGGAUAUAUAGAAGUAGAGAUCAUGGUGGAUAUCAGUCCGUCUUUAUAGCCUGCUCCCUCAGUGCAAUGUACUUGAUGCUUUCCGGAUCGAGAACGUCUGUCAGCAACGCCCUCGAUCGUCAGCAUCGUU